AAUGAUUCCAGUAGUAUUAUGUCACUAUGGCUACUCCCCUCCUAGCCGCGUCGGCUGUGUUGCUCAAUGUUUCACGAUGAAUUUUGCUCUCCACUCUUUCUUCUCCAUGGUUCUAUCGUCAUCAUUCAUAGAGCAACGCUGCCGACGCGGCUGUGUUGCUCUAUGUCAUCAUUUGACGCAAUCAAACGAAAAUUGGUACUCUAUGAAUCAAACCAAAAUCACAGCAACAUGCUGUAGAAAAAUGUUCAAAAUUAAGGGUUGAAUUGAUCCGAUAUGCUAUGCGUCACGCUGCUUGUUGCCAACUUCGCGGCAGUCGCAGCGGCGGCGGGUCAAUCCGUUAACUAUUGCGGCGCGAAGAUGUGCUCUCAUACUGAUGCGCACACAUUCUGCCAGUAUCCUCCUGGACCAAGUCCUAAAUGCGUCGGUUACAUUGACGCUCAGCUGAGUUCGGAAGAGAAGGUGAGGUUGAUGGCGCGCCUGAACCGCCGCCGCAGCGAGGCGGCCAGUGGCCGGCUGCAGCAUCUGCCCACCGCUGGGAAUAUGCUCAAGCUGCGUUGGGUGGAGGAACUAACGCGUGAAGCCCAACGUUGGGCCGAUCAAUGCCGCCCUCCGAAAACGCCCGAAGAACGAGACACAUGCAGGGAUCUUUUUUCUGUGAGCGUGGGUCAAUGUGUGGCAUCGGUAGUCGGCGAAGCGCCAGGGCUGCGAGUCGAAAGCUUGGUUGACAUGUGGUACAUGCAGAGUUUGCACUUCAAAGAAAACAUCACAGCGUACGUUGUCCCGGUGAGCAAUGUCAACUUUUACGGAGACUUUGCGCAAAUGAUCUGGGCAUGGAGCUACAUGGUCGGCUGUGGAAGAAGUCGAUUUAUGGCCGAAGUGAACGGCCGGUUGCGCAGCGUGGAGCGCCUGGUGUGCAAUUUUGCGCCGCGGGGCCCUUCGGCGGGGCGCGCACUGUGGGCCCCGGGAGCCCCGGCCGCCUCGUGCCCGCCGCGCUCCGCCCCUGACCCCGCUCUACCGGCGCUGUGCAACUUUCGAGCCGAUUUAGACGUGUCGACUGACGUGGACGGAGUUCUUACUAUAGAAGAGCAUGUUCUAUUAAGUACUGUAUUAGAAGUAGAAAGUAAAGAAUCACUGAAUUACUUAGGAAGCCUAGACGAGUUAUAUCUGACAAAGUUAGCUAUAGUCACUAUGGACAAUUAUGUUACCCAAGCACUUCCACAUGAGAAUAUUGUAUAUAAAAGAAAUAUAAUACAAACUUUACACUCUGAUGACAAAGAAGUUGAUUUGGUUAUUAAAUUUAUUGAUGAUGAAAACAAGAAAAAUAUCAAUACAACUUUGUAUACUAAAGAGAGCCCAAAUGUUGCUCCACAUAUAUCCUACAAAGAUAUUAAAACUGUUGGACGACCAAAGCCUUAUAAUAUGGAAGAAUUGAUUGAUGUCAUUGCAGAACAGAAUAUAUCAGAAGAAAUUAAUCAUCAUGAAACAACAGAACGAGAUUUUCCUAAGAUUGAUCGCGAUGUAUAUUUGGAAUAUUAUGAAAAUUCAGCUGUUGCAGAAGUCAAUAUUUCAUACCAGCAUACAACGGACAAUACAAAUAAAUCUAAUGAACAUGUUGUUGCAGAUAAUGUAUCGAAAUUUUUAAACGAAGUGAAUACAGACUCAAAAUUAGAUACAACGAAAGUAGAAUUGGCACAGAAUGUUAGUAUAGAAAAAGAAUUAUCGGAAGAAAACGCUCCUCGGUUAGAUGGUGACGUGUCAACGUUGUUAAAUAAUAUAGCACUGGCAGAGACAAACGAUUCGCUUGCAACAAAAGCUGAUGUAGAAUACCUCACUGAUCCUGAGACGGUACGAGAAAUACAAGAAGCUUUAGAGCGCAUGGAACAUUCUUUGGGAGAACCAGCGCUUGGGUCUGGAAAAGUGCGCCGGGAAUUGCGAGACCCAUCAACCUACAAUGAAGACAAGUCAAAUACCGAAGCAGACCCAAAUUACAACACAAAUCAAGACAAUUCUGACCAGAUGCAGAGCAACAAGACAGUAGACAGGCAACCUCUAUUAAGCAUGGUUCUGAAGUAUUUCCCAUAUCUGAAACCUUACGAAAAGGAAAUACUGGGCAAAUCAAACGCUGGAGCAAAUUCACCAAUGUUAGAACAUCUUCUGCUAAUUGUUGAUGUUACAUUAAUUUUAGACAUGAGUUUUGUCUAUGUUAGUGCGUAAUAUUGAUAGUAUGUAUAUUCGUUUGUAACUAUUUAUAUUGAUUAUUAUAUUAUUUGAUGACUAU